AUGCCAGGAGGUUGCCAGAUGAUGCUUAAAGGUGGAAGCGCCACGCCGGAGUGCGGCAGACAGCAGCAGGUGGUGGCAGCAGAGGCGGCGACGGCGGCAGAUGGGAGUAGGGACAGACGGAAGAAAGUUUUCUGUAUUGUCCUUCAAACCGCCCGCGUCGUGAUCGAGCUCCGCCCUGACAUGGCCCCGCGCCUCUGCGAGAACUUCACGCUGCUGUGCACGGGCGAGCGGGGCUUCGGGUACCGCGGCAGCCAGAUGUUCCGCUGUCUGCCGGGCUGGUGGCUGCAGGGGGGCGACUUCCAGAGCAACGACGGCGAGGGCGGGAGGGCGGCCCUGGGGGACAGCGAGCUCAUCUCGGCGGAAACCACAGAGCUGGAGCCUCGACCCGGCGCGGUGGAGAUGCUGUGUAUGUCAACCAACGAAAAGGGAUCGCUUAUGGUCGGAUCUCAGUUCUUCAUCCACGUUAAGAAGUACAGCUAUACCCACGUGUUUGCUUACGUCGUCGAUGGUUUGGAUCUCGUGGAUAAGAUGACCCAGCUAGGAGACUCGAACUCCGUGUAUCGACCCUCCAAGGCCAUCACCAUAGCGGACUGUGGCCGUCUCUCCGGCUGA